GUUUGCACCAUUAGAAGAGAACCAACUCAAGUUUGGAGACAUUGACAGACGGAUAUGAGACACUGGCAACAUGCUCCUGAGUGAGAAAAGAGGAAGCUGUGAGUUUCAAUCUGAACCUUCAGCCGAUUUGACUCAGAAAAAACCCCAUGGGCAGAGAGAGGACUGUACGGUGGACCCGAGUCUGUCCGGUCUGGAUGAGGAUGUGAUGACAGACAGCUGGAGACAACACAGGAAGCAUGUGUUUGUGCUGAGUGAGGCUGGGAAGCCCAUCUACUCACGCUUUGGGAGCGAAGAGGCCCUCUCCUCCACCAUGGGGGUUAUGAUGGCGUUGGUAUCCUUCAUCCAAGCUGGAGGCAACAUGAUCAAGUCUAUUUUUUCAGAUGAGCGAACGAUUGUCUUCCUCCAGAAGGGACCGUUGGUGAUUGUAUCCGUAUCCGCCAACCGGCAAUCUGAACAGCAGCUCCGGAGCGAGUUGCUCCAUGUUUACCAUCAAAUCGUCAGCCUUCUCACCCAGGCCUGCAUAAACCGCAUCUUUGAACACAGCAAGAACUACGACCUGCGUCGUCUGCUCUUCGGCUCAGAGAAAGUUCUGGACAGUCUUCUCGAUGCCGUGGAUUCUGAGCCUAGCUUCAUCCUCUCUGCCGUCCAGUGUCUUCCUCUAGCAUCCUCCUCAAGAGAUGCUCUGAGUCGCAUCCUGCAAAAAGCCAUCACCCCAAAUUUGGUUUUCUCCAUUCUUAUCUCCAAUAACCUUCUCGUCUCAAUCGUUCAGGAGAAGAUGGUCGUGGAGGAUGCUAGGUUAAAACCCACAGACCUUCACCUCCUCUUCAACCUCAUCAGGGCGUCCUCUGCUUUACAGUCUGGAGAGAAAUGGACGCCUGUCUGCCUGCCUCUGUUCAAUCAUGACUGCUACUUUUAUGCCUACGUGUCGUACCUGGACCCACCGCAAUGUCGUGUCUGCCUCGUACUUUUGUCUACGGAUAGGGAAGAUUUUUAUGCAUUGGCUGAAUGCAAGAAGAAAAUCGAGGAGGCUGUCAUGUCCCAGAAUGCUUUGCAGUGUGUAGCAAACUGUCAGUUAUACAGUGUUGACAAUAUCGGCGUGGCUAAACUGAGGCACUUCCUGUACAAGCCUUCUGAUGUGUCAGACCACCAUCGACAGCUUUCUCAGUUCACAUGUCCAGAGAUGGAGAUGCCGUACAGAAGCCAGGAGGAGAGAAUACAUCUACUGGAUCUGUAUCGCAACAUGCAAAGGCGGAUUCACAGUGCGUCACAGCCCAUGAAACUAAUUUACCAUUCAACAGACAGAGAAACUGUGUUGACGUGGGUCACUAGCAGGUUCGAGCUGUAUGCUUGCUUUUCUCCAUUGGUCACGAAGAGAUCUGCUAUCCGUGAAGUCACCAGACUCCUGCGAUGGCUAAAGAAGGAAGAGGACCGUCUCUUCAUCUGUUCCCUGCCAAAAUACUCCACCACCCCUCAAACAGACAGUAGCUCACUGUCUUUAUCAUAAACCUCCUGAGAUCAUAAUAUAAUAAAGACACAGUACAUUGAUACAAACCCAGUAACAGUUUCAGUUCCGUGUGGAUGGGUGGUGGGUUUGUUUCAUUAUUUAAAUCUGCUUUGCUUGUGCUAGAGGAAUUAUGAGCUGACAUGCAAAUUCAGUGGGUCUGUUUGAAUGUUUGGGAAAGUCAUGUGGAAAAGUAUUUGCUAAUGAUUGACUUGAGUCUACAAUGUUGUCUAGAUAGUUUAUUUUGUACAGGGGAACCUGCUGCUACUUUUAACUCUUUGGAGCAAUAACAUGUUAAGUUGUUUUCAUACUAAAAUUAUAGUUCGGUGCAUAGAACUCACAAUGUUAAUAUAAACAUUUUUGAGACAAAAAAGCCACAGGUAGGCUAUACUGUACUGUGAAAAUACUCUGUUUAAAGUGAA